AUGGCGCUACGCUAUUUAAUAUUAUCAGUAACAUUAUUAUACAUAACACAGAGCGGGCACGCGAUGAUAAUGAGAAACAACGAGCUGAUGAAUAAAAUGAUGUCACACUUCAACUCCCAAAAAGAUAAUCAACCCAAACCUCAGCACGACGCGCAGAGUCCAGAAAAGGUUUUGUCUCUGAUGCAAAACGUAUUGUGCCGAAACUUCCCAACGAUACCGUGCAAAAUGAUCGUGGACGACGAGGCUUUGAAGAAACUAAUCGAGAAAUCAAUACAGCAGAUAAAGUAUAAGAAGAUGUCAUUAGAGAAGACAACACCGCGCCCUGACUACCACUUAACCUUAUUUCCGGCAUUCAACAGCGAAGAUCUCUCAAAUUUCUUGCAAGUCCGCGAGUCUGAGUACUAUAGAACAGAUAAGAAAGACGUAAAAAAACUUAAGAAGAAACAAAAGAAAACUUUAACGCCCGUAGCGUUCUGGUCUCAUGAGAACCCUGGGAAAGCAACGAAGAAAAGUAAGAAGGAAACAAAGGAGAAGAGAGCGUACACGGGACGCAAGAAGAUACGUAAGUUUUAUCCGCACAAGAUAAAGUAUAAAGAUAAAACGGAGACGAAUGCGAGGAACGUCGGGGAUUACUCCGAUGACAAAUUGUCGAUGUCUGUGGAGCUACCCGACAUGACGAAACAUCAGCACCUGAAUUACAAGGUGGACGCGGCAGACCCGCCUGUGUGGAGGAUCGACUACAUGAAACACGGAGAGCCGAGCCUCAACAUGCUGGGAUACGAAUCAGAUGCACUGAAAGAGAAAAUGAUAAAGACAGGGCCCAACGUUAUCUUCGAUGGCAGACCAGCGUCUAAAUUAUAUGUGGAUUUGUUUAAGAAAAAGGACAAUAUAUGGACGGCAUGGCACAGCACCGUCACAAAUACUGAUGGUAGAAUAUUAUUCCCGUUUACGAAAGAUUCAAUGCCUGAAGGAACGUACAAGUUACAUUUUAAAGUUGGUGAUUAUUAUAAAACAGCUGGGAAGGAAACACUAUAUCCGUAUGUGGAGGUACCAUUUGAGACAAAAAAUAAUCAACACUACCACAUCGCUCUUCUGCUCAGCCCCUUCGGAUACACCACGUACAGGGGCAGCUGAUAAGCCGAUAAACCAAUUAACGAGCUGUUAUCUCACAAGAUUAUUUUAAUACAAUUUGGUACAUGGC